AGUGGUGUCAGUGUCUCAGGGACUUGCAACUGCAUCACAAAAAAAGAACCUAAGAAUCAAUAUAUAGACAGCGAAGACAGAUAAAACAUCAUAGUAUAUGAUUCAGGAAUAGGUGCCAAUGUCGAACUCGAUUUCUCUGGCAUACCCAUUUAGUAGCGACACAGUGGUAAGAGCAUCGAGAAAGGACAGAUUUGCAGCUGCAAAAAGAAAUAAAUAUUCAAAUCAACAGCAUCAAGGGUCAUGCAAAGCUACCUUCAUUCCAUUGAUUUUUGAACAUUUUGGUUGUUGGGGAGAAAAGGCAGACAAUUAUUUGAACCAGCUGGCCGAGAGAUUGAGAGAUGUAGAAAGUGGAUCAAGUGAAGCACAAUUUAGAGGACAAUGGAGAAAGAGACUAUCAAUAUGCCUUCAGAAGUCCAAUUCCAAUGUAAUAUUGAGAAAACUUAGAAGAAUUGCAGAGGGAAAUGAAUAAUUGGACGACAAUGAAAGAGACAUUCAGAACAUCAUUCAUUAGAAUUUUAGUAUUCAAUCUGUAUGUCUCAGUAGAUGGACAUUUAGCUUAGCAGUUUUACCUAUAGUGUUCUUGUAAAAUUUUGCUUCUUGUGUUCAAUAGUGAAAGAAAGACAGACAGACAGACAGACAGAAAGCAUUUGAUCACUCUUGCUUUCAACAGAUAAUGUCUCGAAGAUCUCGGCCGAUAUUCAUCAAGCUGUCAAGUCUACUGGUUGUGAUGAUUGCCAACGUCUAAGCGAGUUUGUCAAACAGCUAGCCAAGAAAUUACAACAAAAACUAUCUAGUCAACUACACGAGGCAAAUGCAAAUUCCUGCCUGGAAACUGCAGAUUUCACAAUCAGAUAGAGCUGCAGCUAAAUUUAGAUUAAUAAGAGGAAAGGGAGCUGGUUCAUGGCUGGAAGCCAUUCCUACUGAAGAGAUUCUUGCACUGAAACCCGACAAAUUUCGUUUGGCAGCAUGUCUGAGGUUGGACAUACCUGCACCUUUUGUCAACUGGAACAUCCAGUGUCAAUGUGGCAACUUGGCAGAUGAAUAUCAUCUUACAUGCAAACAUGGAGGUGGGCCUGUGUGGCAACACGAUGAAAUUGUAAAUGCAUGGAGCACUUGUCUACAUGAAUUAAACAUUCAUCAUGAGAAAGAACCUCGACAUCGUUACUCUGGAAAUGAGAAUAGACCAGACAUAGUUGUGUAUGACUCUUGGUGUAGCUAUGACCUUGAUGUAACCAUGGCUCAUCCUUUCAGCCAAAACACUUUAAAGCAGGCAGCUUUAGAGGAAGGUUUUGCUGCAGCAAGAAGGGAGGAAAGGAAGAUGAUCAAAUACGAAAAACAACAACUUGCUGGCAAUACAUCAAGCCUCAAUUUCACUCCUCUGGUAUUUGAACAUUUUGGAACUUGGGGAUCAGAAGCUACCAACUAUUUAAACACACUAACCAGAAGAUCAAGAGACAUUGAAGGCUAUAUAAAUGAAGCUGACUUUAGGAGGAAAUUUUUGGAGGAAAAAAUUCUCAAUAAUCUUACAACGAUGCAACGCUAAAGUCAUCCUCCACAAGCUGACACAUGUCUUCCCUGGAGAAGUAGAUGAGAACAUAUACAAUAGAGACUAUCAAAGUAGCUUGCAUUAAACUAAAGCUGAACUCAGUAGAUUGCUUGUAUUUAGUGUUAGAAAUGUAACGUAGAGUUUGUGUUUCAAUGAAAUUGACAGACAGACAGACAGACAGACAAACAGACAAGAGAACAGACAGACAAGCUGACAGACAGACAGACA